CAAUACACACUAUCAGCAAUUAUGGAUCAAGUUGAAGAUUGGAUUCGUACAGCCAAGAGCCAGGUGCUUCCUUCAGUUGAGCAAUACUUCACUGUAUUGAAAAAUGCAACUUUGAACGAUCUUCUUGAAGACGUAUCCCAUGGGAAAAUCACACCAAUCACCGUGUCUUUAUCUGUCACUGCCAUAACCACUGUCAUUGUUCUUUCUAAAGUCUUUGGAUCCUCUGGCGCCUCCACCAAGUCCAAGAAGAAAAAGCCAAAGAAGAAACUCACCAGAGCCCAAAAGGCCAAUAAGGAAAUUCAAGGAAUAUUGGACUUUGUUGAACUGGAGUAUGUACCACAAAUCGACGAGUAUAUUGCAGACCCAACCCUGUUUAAAAAGGAUGACAGAGCAUACAGAUACAAGUACUUUGAGGAAAUGUUGUUGAAACAACUCAUGAAAUUGGAUGGAGUGGACGUUGCAGGUAACGACGUCUUACGGGACAAUCGUAAGAAGGUGAUCAAGUUCAUUCAAGAUCAUCAAAAGAGAUUAGACGUGGUCAAGAAAGAGUUCAAGUUUUAGAAUACGGAUUACAAGUUUUCAAAUAAUUAGAUAAUAAAGAGGAAAGUGGUCUUGAAUCAAUACAUGUAGAAUGGAAAUAUAAAAUAUAUUAGAAAAAAUUCCGAAUCAGUAUAUCCAUAUCUAUAUAAAUGUAAAUGAUAGUAU